UGCGUCUCAGGAAACUGAAACAUUGCUUCGCAAAGAAUGGAAAGUGAAACCUAAAAAUUAUUGCCGUCGGUUUGCGCCAUUCUUUAUAGCUGCCAGUAAAUAAAAUUGAUUUUUUAAAUUGAUUUUCGGAUGUCCAUGUAUUGCAACAAAACGACAGAAGCAUAAAUAGUUUGGUAACACUGGCGAGAGUACGUUACACACGAACUGUACAACGGGUUGAAGAUGGUAACACUUACGAGUCUGGUCAUACUAGUUCAGAAAUUCUACUCGACGGCCUUCCAUUUUCCAAUGGUCAUUGAAGAAAACGAAUGUCAUUUCGGGCGGUAGUGUAAACUAAAUUAAAUUAUUCCAGUUAAUAGUUAUGCACUUGGGUGAGUUCACAUUUUUAUUGCAGUGUAGCUAAUUAAUCUAUUGUAACUAGCUAUAUCAUAGUUUUGCCACACUAUAUUGAAAGCACGCAGUUUAAACGCUAAAGCUGGCUGUUCUAGUUAAACGGAUUAGUUAAGUAGUCUGCCUAACUUGACGGCAAUAUCUGUUCAGAGAAGUUUAGUUAAGGUUGUUUAACGUCAGGGAAAACGCACCCAGUGCUACCAAGAUAACUGACUCGUGGUAGUCAUAUGCGUUUGCGAAUAAAUUACGUUUCUUUUAUUGGUCGGUUCCAUUGCUUUUUAUGUAGCAAGCUGCGUUAAAUAAGUUCCUCUGGGAAAAAUCAAGACGGCUCAACAGGUGCCGCUCCACUCAGAAACUACUUGUCCAGGAUUACCACUUGCCACGGUGCUGCUUCCAGACUACCGAAGUUCCAGCUGUUGCACCAGUUUAAGUGGUGCUGGUAUUGUACCAGCGCCUUAUUUCCCCCCUCGCCCUGACCCCUGCGAUAUGAGCAGAGGUAGAGGAGGGCCCCACAAACAGCAUUGUAGGUUUAGGUCUCCCCAAAGUCAGGGCAAACUCCCCUUUGGACCUGGUUCCUCCACGGUCCCAGGUGACCCCUAUACCCCAGUUUUCCACCAUAACUCUAGCCGCUUCCCUCACUUACCCACCCUUUCCUCUGCACCCCCCCACACACAGACUUUUCCUUUCUCUCCUUGUGAACCCCUCCUCAGCCAACCCCCCACCAACCCAGGAAAUGAGGGCCAGAGUACCAUUUCUAAAUUUAGGCAGCAACAGAUGCAGUUUUUGAGGGGUCAAAUUCCAGAAGCCCCUCAGUUUAGGACAGGUUUUCAGGGUGAAACCCAUCGAUUAGCUGCCAGAACAGGACCCAGUGCUGACCACCAGCAAAAUUGGAACUUCAAAAGCCACCCCAACAACCCCAGACAAAGAGGGGGCUACCACAGUUUUGGGAUUCGGGGUAAAAGUGGGGGAUUCAGGGAUCAUUCAAGCCACAGUGUUCCCAAUAGAGAAGCAGGCUGGAACCAGAGAACACACCCUCGAGGGAGAAACCAGUACCAGAACUCGUACCAGAAAAAACAGUGGGGUUCCAAGCAAGAAUAUUCAGUACCAUCCUUGUCAGAUAAUUUCCAGAAUUUGUCCUUGGAAAGGGACAAUUUUGGCCGCAGCAGAAAUUUUGACAAAGCGUCCUCCUACGGUGACAGCUGGGUUUCUUUGUCCGCAAGUUCGAAUAUAGAAACACUGGUCCUCGAGGCUCUGACCUCAUUAAGUCCAGGUGAAACACUCCAGGCGAGAGGUUUUGCUAAAAAACAUAAUUUGCCAAAAAAACUAAUUAACCAGACAUUGUACGCCCUCCAUCACUCUCAGAAGGCAGUGAAGCAAGGCGAUAAACCUCCUCUUUGGACACUGCGGAGAGGGACACCUGAGGAAAAGGACGGCGGUCUUACUGGAGCGCAGGACACUGCAGUGGCUAAGGGACAGGGGAGUAUCCCGGCAGCAGAAGAGCAGAGUGACGUAUUGGUUGAGGCUGUCUUUGAGAGCGACCAAAGCCCUGACUCACAAGACCAAGACGGGAUCUCUGAAUCGGAUUCGGAAUCAGAUUCCUCGGAAACAGCAGAUUCCGAUCAGGAACAGCCUCACCACGCUAGCAAAGUGGUUAACUUAGCCAAAAUGACUGACACCAAAGAGCAGAUUCUCCAGAACUUGCAUGAAUUGGGUAAAUCCAAUGCCCUCUUACUAGCAAAGAAACUUGGCCUCAAAACUGCUAAGCAGGUCAACCCCAUCCUGUAUGCCCUGGAAAAACAGGGUGAUGUCUCUUGCGACAAAUCCAUCACCCCUCCUCUGUGGGAACUGUCGACCCAUAAGAGGGAGAGGAUGGACAGACAUAGGAAAGCCUUACGGAGUGCUCCUGCAGAGGGGACGGCACCUCCACUUGGGGUGUUUUUUCAGCGAGCAGCAUCUGGCAUGGAAGGGGUAGGUCGUUCAUCUGGUACACAAGUUUUGAAUUUGGGAGAUCCCCUUCCAGGCUUGGAGCCAGUUCGGUUUGACCGCUUAGUGGGUGAGGAAAUUGGGUUAAGCAAUAAGCAGUUGGGUCCAUUUGGCCAAGAACAUAAUCUGCCCUUGAUCAAGCCAGACCCAGACGUGAGAGCGGUACCUGUAGGCCAAGAACGUGAACCGCCCUUGAUCAAGCCAGACCCAGACAUGGAAGAGGUACCUAUGCCAGGCCUGGAACUCCUAAAACCUGAAUCCUCUGACUUCCCCAUCUCUGCCACUGCCUCUUUCCCAUUCCUCCCUCCCUUUCAUCCUCCUUCCCUCUAUCAGGAAGACAACAAAAAUGGGGCGCAUUCACAGUGGGCGUCGGAUGAAAUUCCAGAGUUUCUGAACGUCAUCAGAACUGGAUCAGAGGGCACGGUUGCGGUGUCCCUUGCUGCCGCGCCACAGAAUGUUGGGUUGACCCGCUUCCAGAAACUCCAGGAGAUUCGAUCCAAGAAUCCCGUGAGUGGGCUGAUGGAGUUUGCUCAGUAUAUGGGUCAAAACUGCGAGUUCUUGCUUCUGGACCAGUCUGGACCUUCACAUGACCCCAGAUUCAGGAUGCAGGUUAUGCUGGAUGGACGCAGGUUUCCUGCGGCAGAAGCAUCCAGCAAGAAAGUGGCUAAGAAGGAUGCAGCUGCCGCAGCUCUGAAUACCCUUCUGAGGGAGCAGGAGGGGGGAGGCAGGGCAGAAGAGCCAGGAAAUACAGCUGGAAUGGACGCUGCCAACGACCCCACUUGCGACACCACUGGCACUGCCACUGAGGGCCCUCCCCAGGCCCUGUCUCGCUCCCUGCCUGGGGGGAAGAACCCCGUCUCCAUGCUGAUGGAGUACAGCCAGCGCACUGGCCACUCCAUAGAGUUCAUCAGCACUGGGCAGGAGGGGCCGCCUCAUGACCCUCGUUUUAUGUUCAGGGUGAAGGUGGGGGACAGCCUCUUCCCAGAGGCCUCUGCUCCCAGUAAGAAGGCGGCGCGUCAGCUGGCGGCCGAGGAGGCGGUGAAGGAGCUGCUGGGAGACGGGCGGCUGCAGCUCAACAAGCCCCAGGUGAAUUUCUGCCCCAUUGGGGACGAUGAGAACGGUCCGGCGAUGCCCCCCUGCCCCUCCCUCCCCCCGCUGACGGCGGCGGAGCUACAGGCGGCCCACGAGGCCGGGGUGGGCGACCUCAUCAACCACCUGAACAACAACGCCGUGUCGGGGCUGCUGGAGUACGCCCGGGCCCGGGGGUUCGCCGCCGAGAUCCGCCUGGUCGGCCAGUGUGGGCCUCCGCACGAGCCACGGUUCACGUACCAGGCCAAGCUGGGCGGCCGCUGGUUCCCGCCGGUUUGCGCCAGCAACAAGAAGCAGGGGAAGCAGGAGGCGGCGGACGCCGCCCUCAGGGUGCUGAUCGGGGAGGCGGAGAAGGCGGCCCGAACCGGAGAGCUCACCCCGGAGCUCCCGGUGAGCGGCAGCACCCUGCACGACCAGAUCGCCAUGCUCAGCCACCAGCGCUUCAACGCCCUCACCACCCGCAUCCAGCACAGCCUGCUGGGACGCAAGAUCCUGGCCACCAUCGUCAUGAGGAAGGGGGACAGCCUGGGCACGGUGGUCAGCCUGGGCACUGGAAACCGCUGUGUGAAAGGGGAGGAGCUGAGUCUUAAAGGGGACACGGUGAACGACUGCCACGCAGAAAUCAUUUCCAGAAGGGGCUUCAUCAGGUUCUUGUACAGUGAGUUGAUGAAGCACCAUGCAGGGGAGGGGGAGAGCCUGUUUGAGCCUGCGGAGGACGGCAAACUCAGGAUUCUGCCUGACGUGACCUUUCACCUCUACAUCAGCACCGCCCCCUGCGGAGACGGCGCUCUGUUCGACAAGUCCUGCAGCGAGGCGGCCGAGGGGGCGGGGCCCAUGCACCAUCCGCUGUUCGAGAACACCAAGCAGGGGAAGCUGAGGACGAAGGUGGAGAACGGGGAGGGCACCAUCCCGGUGGAGUCGAGCGACAUCGUGCCCACGUGGGACGGCAUCCAGCACGGGGAGAGGCUGCGCACCAUGAGCUGCAGCGACAAGAUCCUGCGCUGGAACGUCCUGGGCCUGCAGGGGGCGCUGCUCACUCAUUUCCUGCACCCUGUUUACCUCCGCUCCAUCACUCUGGGAUACCUGUACAGCCACGGUCACCUGACCAGGGCCAUAUGCUGCCGAUUGGCUAGGGAUGGCGAUGACUUCAGAAAGAGCCUUCCUCCCAACUUCACUCUCAACCACCCUGAGGUGGGCCGGGUCAGUGUGUACGACUCCACCCGGCACACGGGCAAGACCAAGGAGUCCAGCGUCAACUGGAGCCAGGCUGACCAGCUGAGCGUGGAGGUGCUGGACGGGACCAAAGGCAAGCUGGACAGCCCCAAAUUGGACGUGUCCCGCGUCUCCAAGUCCAACAUGCUCCGCCUCUUCCGGGCGCUGUGCCAGCGGGCGGGCCGCGCCGACCUGCUGCAGCAGCCCUCCUACGCCCACGCCAAGAUGGCCGCCGAGGCCUUCCAGCGGGCCAAGGCCCAGUUCUUCCAGGCCCUCAGCGCCCACGGCUACGGGGCCUGGAUCGGCAAGCCCCUGGAGGAGAAGAGCUUCGAGGCCAGAGGCGAGAGCGCGGGGAACCAGGGCAGCGUUAAUAACGCCGGCGCCGCCAACGCUCUCUACGCCAACAGCUACAGCGCGGAGGGGUAGCGGGAGAGCAGGGCCAGGGCGGGGCGGGGGCUCUGGGGGAUAAAGGAAGAGAGGAAGGGAUUAGGGGAUGAAGGCUAGCCAGUAGCGUGUUUGGUUUGAGGGCAGAGGUCAGCGCGCGUGUGUGAGGGAUGGCAUGGGACAGGAUGCCGGGGAGAGGGAAUGUGGACUUGGCGAGCCUUAGGGGGGGCGGAGCUUUGACAUCAGGAGCCGAGGGGAAGGGAGACGUGAAUAUUGCAUCGGCAGCUGGACUGUGAACAGUGUGAGAAGACUGCAGGGAGGGGUCAGAGGAGUGGCCUGGUAGAGUGGACCACAGUGAAAAGAGGUUCACACAGCAAAUUAAACAUACUGACAGAGAGAGAUGCACUGCAUUAUAAAUAAUACUCACAGAGCAAAAAGAAAAAGAAAAAACAAACCUGUAGUACUCGCAGUGCAGUCUCAGUGUAAAUACACACUCA